AUAAUAAUAAGAGCUUCGGUAGCAAUAGUUUCCUUUCCAUGAUCCGUGGCGGUGACUCUGACUCUUACGCGCAUCUUCUUCUUUUUUAUUGCCCCAAAACUCACACGCUUUUCUCGCCGGAGAACCUAGCCGGACGGUGUCGGAGCUUGUCGGCGCCGAUCGAUUCGGCAUCUUAGUUUCAUGUUGGCGUUGGCGGUUGUGAAGAAUACAAAUUGAAAACGGUGCGUUUUGUAUUUUGGCGUUUGCGUUGAAGAGAAAGGAGCAAAAUGAAUGGGACUGGGAAUGGAGGAUUGAGCAGCGUGGAGAUGGAGCACAUAAGAAGACACCACAGGCACGAACCUGGUGAGAAUCAGUGUAGCUCUGCGCUCGUUAAGCAUAUAAGAGCACCAGUUCCUCAGGUAUGGUCCUUGGUGAGGAGGUUUGAUCAGCCACAGAAGUACAAGCCAUUUGUAAGUAGAUGUGUUGUAAGGGGAAACCUUGAGAUUGGGAGUCUGAGAGAAGUUGAUGUUAAAUCAGGGCUUCCUGCCACUACAAGUACAGAAAGAUUGGAGCUCCUUGAUGACAAUGAGCAUAUUCUCAGCAUCAGGAUUAUUGGUGGUGAUCAUAGACUAAGGAACUACUCGUCUAUCAUGUCCCUCCACCCAGAAAUUAUUGAUGGAAGGCCAGGUACACUGGUAAUUGAAUCUUUUGUCGUGGAUAUACCUGAGGGGAACACCAAAGAUGAGACCUGCUACUUCGUUGAAGCCUUAAUAAAGUGCAAUCUCAAAUCACUUGCUGAUGUCUCCGAAGGGCUUGCUGUGCAGGAUCGCACUGAACCAAUUGAUCGGAUGUAGGAGAUUAUGUUAAGAAGUGGCUGAGAACUUGGCUGCCAUGGAUGAAGCUUCUCGGGCUUUCCUAUCUUGGAGGCUUAGGAGACGGACUGGCAAUUGUGCUGCUUCCAUUAGUGUAGAGUAGCAGGGUUUCUUUCCAUUUGCUAUAUUGAUUGUCCUCGUUAUAAAUGCUGGUUUCUCUCUUUGGCAGUUAAAGGACAAUAUCUGAGAUAGGUGACUGAAUCCAGUGCUGUAACAGGUGAAAGAUGAGGUGCUUCUUGGAGAUGUUUAUGAUUUUUGUUUUCGUGGUAUGUUCUUUCUUGUAUAUAGGUGGUGGUAAAACAUGGGUCCGUAAAAUUAUUUUGAUUCGUCAGGUGUAGUUUCUCUAGUUUCAGUAACAGUUAAACAUGUAGCGGAGAUUACUUAAUUCUUAUAACGGAGUUCGAGUUGCUCUUUUUCU